AUGAAUCAAAGUCAUAUGAUUAAGACACCUAGUUAGUAGAUGAAUAGCAGCAGCAAUUAGAAACCUUAUGGAGGAGGAUAAUCUAGUUAGAAGAGAAUCAAUUAGCUUCUAGGAAUCAAAUCCAAGAAUGUAGUCCAGACAAAGAUUAAUUUUGCAAAAUCCACUGGCGAUCUAGAGAAGGAUGAUAGGUUUGGCUUGAUCAAGACAUUAUUCAACCCUGAAAAUUAAAACUCAACUGACUCUCAAUCUUUUUAGUUUAAUAAGAUGCAUAUUAAAGAAGAGAUUAUUAUCAUGGAUCUAGAUUAAAAGGACAUAAACUUAGAAGAGGAUUUAAUGCCAAAGGAGAGAGAAAUUAAAUCUUAAUAGUCAGCAUGUUAAAAUGAAAACUAUAAAAACACUGAUUAAUAGCUUAUCGAAAAUUAAGUGGAAAUAAAUAUCGAUCAGUAAUAAAACUCACCUCUAAUUAGGGAUGAUAAUCCCUACUAUCAAAAUAGCUAAGAGCAUCAAAUUGAAUUGGAAGAAUAGAGAUAACAAGUUAUUUUUGGAUAUCAAAAUAAUGACAAAUAAAUAGAAAUUUAGGAUGUAAAUAUGACGGAGUCAGAUAUCAAUAUUGAUGAAAAUGACAUAAACUACGAUUAAGAGUAAUCAUUCAUACCAAAUUAAAUUAUCGAAUAAAGUAUAAUACCACAAUAAAAUGAAUCAGAAAUUCAAAGUAUGGUCCAAAACUUAUAUGAAGUUAGUGAAAUUCAAAACCUUCCUUAAUUAAUCGAGAUUGAUAAGACAUCAGAGAUAUCUCCCAAGGAUAAGACUAUGAUUGAUGACUAAGAUAUCAUUUAACCUUAAAUGCAUCUAAACUCAAAGCCAUUAAUGGUAGACGCCUGCAUUUAAUAUGAAGACAAUGAAAAAGAGUAUUAGAAUUUAGAUGAUGAAAGCAUUGAAAGCAUAGAAUUAUAGAAUGAGAAUAUUAUUUAAAUGUCCUUUACAAAUAAAUUAACUACAACAGUUGACUUCAAAGAAUCUCUGACCAAAACAGAUGAAGAAUAAUCUAAGUCUCUAUAAAUAUUAGAACAUCAAAAAUAGCCUUAUUAGCAGUAAAUACUGCAAAUUGAUAAUGAAGAUAAAUUAAAUUAACAAGAAGAAGAAGAAGCAAGUGAAUCAUUCGUCUUAUUUGAACCUGAGAUUUAAAAGAAAAAUCCAGAACUUCUUAAAUUUUAUAAACUAACUGGUCUUGCAGAGACCUAAACUGAGAUCGAUUUAAAAUUAUUUGUGGAAUUAAAAUUAGAGGAAAAUUAAUAAGAAGCAUAGAUAAUUAUAAAUGAGCCAAAUCAUAAGAAAAAGAGGGAUUUAAAAUCUCUGUUAAAACAAUAGUAAAAAUAAGAUAAAGUUGGAAGAAACAAUCAUAGUAGACAUGUUAAAUUUGAUGUCUCAGAAAGGGAAAGCGAAGAUGAUAAAAUAUCCUUUUCUAAAUAAUUAAAAUUGGCCAAGAAGUAAAAAAGAGUUGAAGAGAUGAAAUAAGAAUUUGUGAGAGCUCUUGGAAGCUAUGGUAAUGAUACUUAGGAAAAAGAUCAAUCUGAUGAAGAAGAAAUCGAAGAAUAAAUAAGAGAAAGGUUGCUAGAAUAAAAAUCGUCAUAAAAGCAGAAUUUCAUAUACAAAUCAAGGAAAGAUGGGUUAAUGACACCAACUAAGAAAAUGGUAGACCAAAAGAAAAGAAAUCUAAAUACCAGCUUCUAUCAAAGCUAGUCUUUAUUUGGAAACAAGUAUUAUUACCUGGAUUAAGAAUAUUAGAAUUUUGAUGAAUGA